GAAUCUGCGCAUGCGCCCCCGGACGCCAGCGGCCCCGGGGCGGGGCGCGCCCGGUUGGCGUGGGCGUGUCAGCGGCAGGCGCCAGGGGGGUGCGCAGCCUCCGCGCUGCUGUCGGCGGCCCCGGAGGUGUCUGUCCGGCUUCCUGCUGCCGGAGCGGGGCGGCUCUCCGCGGGGAACCGGACCCAGGCUUUCUGCGGAGGUGGAGGAAUCGGUCGUCUGAUUCGCCGUCCCUCAGGUAGCGGCACGGGGUGAAGCUCAAGCCCCGCGGCAGGAGGUUUAGAUCCUGGGCGCCGGUCUGCGUGGCGGUGUCACACCGCUCUGAGAAGCGCCCUCACCCUUCAGAAAGGAGACUGAGAAGUCUUCAUUUUUCCUAAAAAAUCUUAAGAAAUGGCGGCACAGUGUGUGACAAAGGUGGAGCUGACUAUUGCCUGCACCAAUCUCUUGGAUAAAGAUGUUGGGUCCAAGUCAGACCCGCUGUGUGUGCUACUCCAGAACACGAGUGGUCAGCAGUGGUAUGAGGUUGAUCGCACAGAAAGAGUUAAGAAUUCCUUGAACCCAAAGUUUGCCAAGAAAUUCCUAAUUGAUUACUAUUUUGAGCUUGUUCAGAAACUUAAAUUUGGAAUAUAUGACAUCGAUAACAAAACCUAUGAUCUGAACGAUGAUGACUUCUUAGGAGAAUUUGAAUGUACACUGGGACAAAUAGUUUCUAGCAGGACUCUGACAAAACCAUUAGUACUUAAAAAUGGCAGACCUGCUGGAAAAGGAAGUAUUACGAUUACAGCAGAAGAAGUGAAGGAUAACAGGGUGGUGGUAUUGGAAGUCGAAGCAAGGAAACUGGACAAUAAGGAUUUUUUUGGAAAGUCAGAUCCUUAUCUGGAAUUCCACAAGCAGACUGGAGAUGGAAACUGGGUGAUGGUUCACAGAACAGAGGUUAUUAAAAACAACCUGAAUCCUGCUUGGAGGCCCUUUAAAAUCUCUCUCAAUUCUCUGUGUUACAGUGACAUGGAUAAGUCAAUCAAGGUCGAGUGCUAUGACUAUGAUAGUGAUGGGUCUCAUGAUCUCAUAGGAAGUUUUCAAACUACGAUGUCAAAACUGAAGGAAGCAUCUCGGUCCUCACCUGUUGAAUUUGAGUGCAUCAAUGAAAAGAAAAGACAGAAGAAAAAAAACUAUAAGAACUCUGGCAUUGUCAGCGUUAAGCACUGUGAGAUCAUAGUAGAGUGCACAUUCCUUGAUUACAUCAUGGGUGGGUGUCAGCUGAAUUUCACAGUGGGGAUAGAUUUUACAGGCUCCAAUGGGGACCCCCGCUCUCCAGACUCUCUGCAUUACCUCAGCCCUAAUGGAGUUAACGAAUACCUAACAGCCAUUUGGUCUGUAGGACUGGUCAUUCAGGAUUAUGAUACAGAUAAGAUGUUUCCAGCCUUUGGAUUUGGUGCACAAAUUCCUCCUUCCUUUCAGGUCUCACAUGAGUUCCCAUUAAAUUUUAACCCAUCAAACCCAUUCUGUAAUGGAGUCCAAGGCAUCGUCGAUGCAUAUCGGGCUUGUCUUCCUCAAGUGAAGUUAUAUGGGCCAACAAAUUUUUCUCCUAUUAUAAAUCAUGUGGCAAGAUUUGCUGCUGCAGCUACACAACAGCAAACAGCAUCUCAAUACUUUAUACUUCUGAUCAUAACGGAUGGUGUGAUAACAGACCUCGAUCAAACUCGAACUGCCAUAGUUAAUGCUUCAAAAUUGCCCAUGUCCAUUAUCAUUGUUGGUGUUGGAGGAGCAGACUUCGAUGCUAUGGAGUUUCUUGAUGGUGACAAUGGAGUUCUUAGGUCCUCAUCAGGAGAAGCAGCUGUCAGAGACAUUGUCCAGUUCGUGCCAUUCAGGAAGUUCCAAAAUUCUCCAAAGGAAGCUCUGGCACAGUGUGUCCUGGCAGAAGUCCCUCAGCAAGUGGUGAACUACUUCAGCACCUACAAACUGCAGCCUCCCAAGAAUCCUGCUGCCAAGUGAAUGGGCUGAGCAGGGGAGCUGAGACUUUGCGCUUGUUUUACUCGCUGUAUCUACAGGCUUGGGUUCUCAAGAUACUUCUAUAUACAUGUAUACACUCACCUCUGUAUGGUAAUGUCUGUUAGCUUUUGCCUGCAAAUCACUUUGCCAAGUGUGCCUUUUGAGGGCCAAAAAUUAUAAUUGUGUUAAAACUUGGUGCUGAUUUGAAAGAUAGGGCUUAUGUGGGUGCAUUUUGUUUUGAAAAGAGUAAAAAAAAAAAGAGGUUGAAUAUGCAGAGAGAAGGGGGAGAACAGCUGGAAGUGGGACAGCUGCCAGUUUGAUAUACACAGCAAGUGGGAACGUUCAGUUACUUUUGUGGGGAUCAACACUGAGGACUGCAGUUUUCCAGUGAUCAGAAAACCAGUCUGAAAUGAAAAAGAGGGUGUAGCCCCACCAAGCAGAUAAAAUUUUCUAUGUGCUUCAGCGAAUCUGGAAUACUUCAGGGUUCUGUAUUAAGCCACCAUAACACAAUUUUGUCACAGGAGUUUCAUAAUUAGACAAGUGCCAGAACAGAGCGUAAAGGCCCUCCUGGCAUGCCUAUUUCACGUUUGGCACUUCAGUGCCUUUGGCCAAUGCCUGGGAUUCAGGGCUGUGUGAACAUGAGCCAAAGAAGUCAUUAAAGUAUAAACUCUUUUAUAGUAUGCAGUCUCUUAAGGUGGUACAGGAAUAACUAUGGUGAAUCAAGGUAAACCUCUAACAUCUCAGAAAAAUACUAGUGGCCUUUGAGGCUACUAGUGUAAAGGCUAUAAGGUGUGUUUCAGUGUGUACUGUGCUGGAAAACAGGAUUGGGGUUUUGUUUUAUUGUGUCUUUUUCCAUAAAACAAUCAUGACUAUUGAUCUUUAAAAGGCUUUUUGUGAAGUGGGAAUGCACUUUUCAGUUAAAAAGUUUUGUCUGAUCUAUAACUACAUAUUUUCAAGCAAAGACAGUUCUUGAAAGUGCUACUUUACUUAUGUUGGUUUUGUCAUAUUUUGAAUCGUGCUUCUUUUUCAUAAGCUCACUAAUGAAAAGUGCCUGCAAAAACCCCCAUCUUGCCUCUUCCCUCCCCCUCGGAAGACAUAAGAAAGUCUGUAAGCUCUAAUCCUAUAAUCAUAUUGCGUUUCUCUAGGGCAGACAGUUUCUGGUUUAUUUUCGUGGCUUGAGCUUUCUCUUCACUGUUUACACCAGGUGUAAAUCAUGUGCUUAGUGGACAGAUGAAGCUUCCUUGUCUUCCAGUUGCAUACUGCUUUCUGAGGAGCUCUUCUGAUCCUGCCAGUGCAUGUAACGUAAGUGGAUGUAAAGGUCUUAUUUAUCACUUCCAAAAUGCCCAUCCUAAACAUUAAUUUUGCAGUUUCACAUUUGAAGUGGUUUAGAGUUAGACACCCGACUGAUCUGAUUCUGGAUGGUGUAGCUGUAACGUGUUUAGUGUAACUAGCACUAAAUUUACCAUACUUGAGCACUCAAGGUUGCACCAGGUCAUGGUGUAUGUGACUCUUUUAUCUGCUGGAGCUGCUCUGUUGUUUUUUGAGUUGUUUUUUUUUUCCCCAUACACUUUUUUGCAUUAACAUUGAUGGAUGAAGGAUACAUGUAUUGAGAUUGUUUUGCGCAUCCUGUACAACAUACUAAAUGUUUUGUAGGCAGUUGAUUAGUUACCAAUCAUGGAUUAAUACGUUAUUCUUCACUCCAUUUUCCUUGGAAGGGGUCCUAAAUAGUUUCAGUAGAGGAAUACUAAGGGGGAGAUUUUGUUUCAUGUUAAGCCAAGCUCUUUCUUUUUUGAAAUCUAAUUCAUGUGUUUGUUUAUAUAAAAAUCUACAGUCAUCUUUUUAUCAGUGUAGUGCAAAUGCGUUGUUACUUUAUGUAUAAAUUAUAAUUAAGUGUCAUGCCGGAUAUGCAACACAAAAUAUUAAGAUAAGGAAGUAGUUGUAGUGAACCUAAGUCACGCUGCUGCAUACUGAUAUUGUAUGAUUGUUGGAACAGUGAACUGUUUUCAUUGCAACAUGCUCCAUGUACAGAGAUAACUGGAUGCGGUAUUAAUGCUUUGUGUAGAUUCAGAGCAGUGGACGAGUACUACUGAUAGGAGUACAGGAUACUACUGAAGUUCCUCUGAGCUGUCUGCCAAAAAUAUAAUGCUGCAUCUGAGUUUUGUUACCAGUUCUGUUUUAAGUUGCUGUGGAAGCACAUUUAAAUGCAUUUAAGUAUGUUAAUAGGUAUUAUUAUACUAAAAUUACUAUACUAAAUAUCUGCUGCAUAUAAAAUACAUAAACCCUUUUGUCUCUAUUCUAUAUAUAAAUUCUGAGUUUCUGUAGUAGAGAAUUCAUUAUCUCUUGCUGGAAAAGUACCCCCAGAUUCCUCAAGCGUAUGGAAAUAAAUAGUGUAUCGAUGACAUCUGCUGCUUAAUGGGACCUGUUCUGGGUAAAGGAAAAUGUUUCAGACCUGACGGUGGCAAGAACCAUUUUCCUGGUGUAACCUGUAGAGGCGUACAGCUAACAGCCCCUUGGAAAAUUUGGAAACUUCCAAGUUAGGCUGAAGCAAUGUUCUCAGUCAAAGAAUGCAGAUGAUGGUGUGUCAAGGGGGAGGGGAGUUAUUUUUUUGUUUUGCCUUUUUUUGUUUGUUUAUUUUUACAUGUAAAAAAUGCCUUAUUAGCUUGAGGGUGACAAAGCAAAUUAUUGGCAGUUUUGUAAAGCGAAGCGUGCUUGUGUGCCACUUGCGCCACCUUGUGAUAAAAAGGAUGCAUAGCAGCCUUCAUAAUCGGAUGCUUUUUGCCAUUUAAUGAUCGUAAUAUAUACAUCUGUACAGGAGAGAAAUAACGCGUAACCAGAGUUUUUUACUUUCCUAUGUAUUUCAGUUCUGAUGAAGUUAACUGAUUUACAAUGCC